GAUGAACUCCUGCCUGCUGGUCCUGAUCCUGGUCCUGGUCCCGGUCCAGGCCCGGUUCCCCUUCCUGGACCGCCUGGGUCCCGGCCCGGGCCCCGGGAGCAGCGACCCGGCCCAGGCCCGCGCCGUGGCGGCUCUGCUGCGGCGGCUGCUCGGGUCUCGCUCCGGGGACUUCGUGGUGUCGGUGAACCGGAGCCUGGCGGGGGGGACGAGCCCCGGCACCGGGCCCGCGGGCCCGCGCACCGACGUGUGCGAGCUGCGCUCGCUGCGCGACGGGCGCGUGGCCGCGGCGGGCACGAGCGGCGUGGCCGCGGCCGCGGGCGUGCACAAUUACCUGAAGUAUUUCUGCAGGUGUCACGUGUCCUGGACCGGAAACCAGCUGACGCUGCCCGACCCGCUGCCCCGGAUCAGGGGCGUUCUGCGCAUCAGCACCGCGCACAGGUUCCGGUACUACCAGAACGUCUGCACCUCCUCCUACUCCUCCGUCUGGUGGGACUGGACUCGGUGGCAGCAGGAGAUCGACUGGAUGGCCCUGAACGGAAUCAACCUGCCGUUGGCCUUUACCGGCCAGGAGGUGGUGUGGCAGGAGGUUUACCGGUCUCUGGGCCUGAACCAGUCUGAGAUCGAGGAAUUCUUCUCCGGCCCGGCGUUCCUGGCCUGGAACCGCAUGGGGAACAUGAACCGGUUCGGUGGACCGUUACCGCAGUCCUGGCACGUCAACCAGCUGGCCCUGCAGAUGAAGAUCCUGUCCCGGAUGAGAGCCUUCGGCAUGAUCCCGGUCCUCCCGGCCUUCUCCGGGAACGUUCCCCCAGGAAUCCUCCGGCUUUUCCCCGGGGCCAACGUGACCCGGCUGGGCCCCUGGUCUCACUUCAACUGCAGCUUCUCGUGCUCGUACGUGCUGGACCCGCGGGACCCGCUGUUCCUCCGGAUCGGGUCUCUGUUCCUGUCUCAGCUGGUGAAGACGUUCGGAACCGACCACGUCUACAACACCGACACCUUCAACGAGAUGACCCCGCCCUCCUCCGACCCCGCCUACCUGUCGGCCGUCAGCCGCAGCGUCUUCGCCUCCAUGACGGCCGUGGACCCGGACGCCGUCUGGCUGAUGCAGGGCUGGUUGUUCUUCAGCGACUCCUCCUUCUGGAAACCGGCCCAGAUCCGAUCGCUGCUGCGCGGCGUUCCGAUCGGUCGAUUGAUCGUGCUGGAUCUGUUCGCCGAGACGGAGCCGCUCUACUCGUCCACCCAGUCCUUCUACGGCCAGCCCUUCGUCUGGUGCAUGCUGCACAACUUCGGAGGAAACAGCGGCCUGUUCGGCACGGUGGAGACCGUCAACGCCGGCCCCUUCGCGGCGCUGCGUUUCCCCAACUCCACCCUGGUGGGCGUGGGCAUGGCGCCCGAGGGAAUCGAGCAGAACCCGGUCGUGUACGAGCUGAUGAGCGAGCUAGCGUGGCGGCGCGAGCCGGUGGACCUGGCCAAGUGGGCGUCGCUGUACGCCGCGCGGCGCUACGGCACCGGCGGCGGCGGCGCGGCGGGGAACCUGACGGCGGCGGCGUGGCGCCUGCUGUUCGCCGGCGUCUACAACUGCACCGUUCCGCACUACAAGAACCACAACCACAGCCCGCUGGUGCGCCGGCCCAACCUGCACAUGAACACGGAGCUCUGGUACGACCCGGCCGGGCUGUAUGAGGCCUGGAGGCUCAUGGUGGCGGCGGCGCCGGACCUGGUGCAGCAGGAGACGUUCCGCUACGACCUGGUGGACGUCACCCGGCAGGCGCUGCAGGUGCUGACGUCGUCCUUCUACCGCGACGUCGUGGACGCGUUCCGGAGCAAGCGGAUGCCGGAGCUGCUGACGGCAGGCGGGGUUCUGGUGUACGACCUGCUGCCGGAGCUGAACCGGUUACUCAACACCAACCGCCACUUCCUGCUGGGGGCGUGGCUCGGGCGGGCGCGCUCCCUGGCGCUGGACGAGAAGGAGGCGGCGCUCUACGACAUGAACGGCCGGAACCAGUUGACCCUGUGGGGGCCCGGCGGGGAGAUCCUGGACUACGCCAACAAGCAGUGGGGGGGUCUGGUGGAGGACUACUACGCCCAGCGCUGGAGCCUCUUCCUGCAAACGCUGGUGGAGUGUCUGGACGCCGGGCGGCCCUUCAGGCAGGACGCCUUCGACCGGGCGGCGUUCCGGGUGGAGAAGGGCUUCGUGUACAACGGCCGGACGUACCCGUCCCAACCCCAGGGCGACGUCCUGGAGAUCGCCCAGCGGAUCUUCCUCAAGUACUUCCCCCAGGCGCUCAAGAGACUAUGACCGCCGGCGCCGCCGCUGGACGGCUUGAGAUGGACCUACUAAGACUUAAGACUAAGACAGCCCGGUUCUGAACUCUGAACUGGUUCAGAUAUAUCUUGUGAUUUAUAUUGUAAUUGUUACCCUCUAAUUAGUGAUGCACCGAUUGUUCGGUAACCGAAAUUGUUCGACCAUAAAUGGCAAAAAAACACUUUCGGUGUUCGGUGGAAUAAGUGGGAAAAAAACGAACAAUUAAUAACGGCGUUGUAAAAUAAGGAAAUAGACUGGCCGCUCCGUCCCGUAACGUUGCGCACUACAUAAAUCGUUGGCCAACCAAAAAGUAACCCCAUAAGAAUUUUACCAACAUUCACCAGGAGGUGGAACCAAAACAACAUAAUGCUGGGAAAUUAAAAAAUUUUCAUUUUUUUAUGUUCAAUAAAUAUUUUCUACCUUGUAAUUUUGUAAAAGAUUUUUUUCUUUUAAAAGCCUAAAUCAAAUGUAUUUGAUUUAUGCAAUGGUGAAAAAAUUGGCAAAAUAAAUGAAAAACUGCUGAAGAACCAUGUUGGGUAUUGUUCGGUAUCCAGCCAAGUGUUUAUUAUUAUUUUCGGUUUCGGCCACAAAUUUUCAUUUCGGUGCAUCACUACUUCUAAUGAUCGAGCCAUUCGAUAGUAAAGUUGUUUUGAUAAAUUUAGAUCAUCUACUGUAGUACCUUUGAGCACGCCCGCCGAUAGGGGGGGACAAACGGGUCUGUUGACCCGGGCCCAGGGUAGGGGGGGGCCCAGAACUGGAAAAAAAAAAAAAUCUUUUUUUUUUCUUUAAUUUUCUUUUAAUUUUUUUUUUUAUUCUCAUUAAAUUAUGGAAUCAUUUUUCAAAAUGUUUCAAAAUAUGCCUAUUUGUGGAAAGAAUAUGUAGUAGUUGAGUUACAUAAAAGCUUGUUAGUUGUUUUCUUCCUAAUUGUCCUUGUGGUCAAGAACCCCCAACACAAAAAUGGUUUGACCGCUGAUCAAAAUUUGAUGUUAUCAUUUAAUUCAACCAUUAGAAUGGUCAAAAUGUCCGGUCAGCACAAGUCCGGUGCUCAGAAAAGAAGAGAAGAAGAGAAGAAGAAAAUAGAGGCCUCAGAGAUUCUGUACACAAAUAUUUUAAAAAGGUGGUGACGGUGAAGCUGGAAUUAAUAAAGUCAGAGUAGAGCAAGGUAAGAAACAGUUACAACGUUUACCAACCUUUAACUUAACCUAACUGGCUAGCUCUAAUGUUAACGUCCAUUAGCUUGUAUAAAAACCUGAAGAGCAGAGGGAGAGGAGAGGAAGAGGAGAAGGAGAGAUCUGGGCGCAGGGGGGCCCAUCUUAGAUUAUUUUGUCCGGGGCCCCGGCCCCGGCUCCUGUUUUCUGAGACUGUGAACUGGAAACAGUGUGCCCCUGCCAUGAAGUGUCCAAGAUGUGGCCUUGCUAGGGAGUGUCCAAGAUGUGGCCUUGCUAGGGAGUGUCAAAGAUGUGGCCUUGCUAGGGAGUGUCCAAGAUGUGGCCUUGCUAGGGAGUGUCCAAGAUGUGGCCUUGCUAGGGAGUGUCCAAGAUGUGGCCUUGUGAGGGAGUGUCCAAGAUGUGGCCUUGCUAGGGAGUGUCCAAGAUGUGGCCUUGCUAGGGAGUGUCCAAGAUGUGGCCUUGCUAGGGAGUGUCCAAGGUGUGGCCUUGUGUGGGAGUGUCCAAGAUGUGGCCUUGCUAGGGAGUGUCCAAGAUGUGGCCUUGCUAGGGAGUGUCCAAGAUGUGGCCUUGCUAGGGAGUGUCCAAGAUGUGGCCUUGCUAGGGAGUGUCCAAGAUGUGGCCUUGCUAGGGAGUGUCCAAGAUGUGGCCUUGCUAGGGAGUGUCCAAGAUGUGGCAUUGCUAGGUAGUGUCCAAGAUGUGGCCUUGAGAGGGAGUGUCCAAGAUGUGGCCUUGCUAGGGAGUGUCCAAGAUGUGGCCUUAUUAGGGAGUGUCCAAGAUGUGGCCUUGCUAGGGAGUGUCCAAGAUGUGGCCUUGCUAGGGAGUGUCCAAGAUGUGGCCUUGAGAGGGAGUGUCCAAGAUGUGGCCUUGCUAGGGAGUGUCCAAGAUGUGGCCUUGCUAGGGAGUGUCCAAGAUGUGGCCUUGCUAGGGAGUGUCCAAGAUGUGGCCUUGCGAGGGAGUGACCAAGAGGAGCGCUAGCUAGCGUCGCCACCUUGUUGAGCCGCAUUUUGUUAUAUACGUCCAAAAUGUACUAACUUUGUCAUUUCAUUUUGUAAUAAACUGCUGCAUUUUGUAAUAAACUACCCCGACGCAUUUUGUAAUAAAUUUUGCCGCAUUAUGUAAUAAGUUAUUACAUUUUGAGAAGAUUAUUACAAAAUGCACUUGCAACUUUUUUAUUCUCUAGAAAAUGUAAUAACAUGGUGCAUUAUGUAAUAACAAUUCUAAACAUAGUUUAUUUGUUUGUUAUCGGCCUAUAUAAUUCCAAACUUCAAAUAGAAAACUAAAGUUAUAUUUGGAGUUUUAUAGAUAGAUUUAUUGGCUACAUAGCUCUGAGGGAAAUUGCAUAAAAAACAACAAAAGUCACUCUUGUAUAAAUUCAUUGUUAAACAAACAACAAUAAUAGGUAUUAUUACAUAAUGCAUGUUAUUACAUUUCCUAGAAAAUAAAAAAAGUUGUCAAGUGCAUUUUAUAAUAAUUUCAAAAUGCAAUAACUUAUUACAUAAUUUGGCAAAAUGUAUUACAUAAUGGGGCAGUUUAUUACAAAAUGAAAUGAAAAAGUUAUUACAUUUUGGACGUUUAUUACAAAAUAAACCGUUAUUACAAAAUGCGGCUCAACACACCUUUUCAGAAACAGAAAUGCCCAGAUUUCAGCAACGCAGGCGCCGUAAAAAAGGGACAAAACUUCUAAACUGCAGACAUUCUAGUCUUAAAACAUGUUUAUUUUUUGAUUGUUUUUUUUCUUCUAUUUGACGUCUUUUAUUUCGAACAUAAGCACAAAAAAAUAAAAACCAGAAGAACAAUGAAUCAAUAACAUAAAAAUGGUUUAUUUUUGUACAUUUAAAUGUAAAGUUAGCUGUGUGAUUUAGCUGUUAGGAGGUUAACACGUGUGUAAACGUUUGACGUCAGUGAGAUGUAAAACAUUGACAUACAAGGUUUUUGUAUAAACUGCAUAGACAUGUAUUUAUUUUAUAUGAAUAAACAAAAUGCUUUGAUUUAAAGUUUAAAGUGCCUUAAUAGCAUUGAACUUGCAUGACUGUACAGACAGACAACCAUGCUAGCAACUGAACUAGCCUCCUAUGCUAUGUUUGUCCACAUCAGCCAAGAUGUAGAAUAUGGUGUAAAAGUUAAUUAAUUUCAAUAAUUCAACUAGAAUAUGGUGUAAAAGUUAAUUUAUUUUAAUAAU